AUGACGCUGAAGGGCACCUGUGAGUACUCUCAGGUAGUCAGAGUUAAAAAGCAAGAAAAGAGCCCUAACAUCAUCUCCCAAACCCCUGACUUGCGUAGUUCUGCCAAGAAGCCAUGCAGGCCAGAUCUGAGAGUGAACUCCCCCGUCAAUGUUCUUGUUCAAAAUAAUCAAACACACCUUUUUGCUCAGAACCUGGGUAACUGGAAGAAAGCUGGGAGGCUGGGCGGAGAAUGGAUUGAGACCAGCCCCGAGGAGAAGGACUUGGGGGCGUUGGUUGAUGAGAAACUCAACAUGAACACGACAUGUGCGCUUGCGGCCCAGAAAGCCAACCGUGUGAAUCGCCAUUUCCACAUGAUUUGUAUCCGAGAUAAAUUCAGUCAGAAUAUUGGACGGCAGAUUUCUUCCAAAGUGAUUUGGGACCAUCUGAGCACCAUGUAUGAUAUGCAAGCUCUUCACGAAUCUGAGAUUCUUCCGUUCCCUAAUAUAGAGAAAAAUUUUGCUCUUCCUGACGAAAUGAUUCAAGAAGUGAGAGAAGGAAAAGUGAUGAUAGAAGAAGAAGUGAAAGAGGAAAUAAAAGAAGAGAUGGAAACGCAUACAGGUCCAGAAGAAGUUUUUGCACCCUCUGGAAGUUUAGGAAAAACAACCGAAAAGCCAAGCAGCAAAGAGAAAGAGAAAACUUCAUCAGAUUCUGGGUCCAAAGAGGGGUCUGAUAAGAGGAAGCGCAACAGAGUCACUGAAAAGGUCUUAAACGCAAACAGUAAUCCUUCCAGUCCAAGUGCUGCAAAACGACGCAGAACAUAA